GGCAAGCGGUGUAGAAACCGCCGGCAUGGAAAGGGGAAAAGCAAAACCCUAAAUUGCCGACAAAGUCAAAACCCCUUUUCUCGGAGCUCAAAAGUUACUAACGUAUGAUUUGCCAAUUAAGCAGGAGAGAGGAGCUUAAUGUGCAUCUUUUAAUUGUAAAAUAAAAUGUGCAUCUCUUAAGCUGUCGUAAUUUCUGAAGUGACAGGUUAGGCUUUCUGAAAGCCCAAUGUAGAUCCGUCACGAAGUAGGCCCAUUACAAACAGUACGACGUCGUUAGGCAAACAAUACACCAACCUCUCGCUUGACUUUCCCCACCGGCCACCAGUCCUCCCUGUCUCUUACAGCGCCUCCGUCUUCUUCGUCGCCGAUAUCAGAUUCAGCGCUAAAUCCCGCGUGAGAGAAGCUCGAUUGUUCGGAAUAUUGAUCCAGCGGAGCUCAUCAUCGUCGCAAGUUGCAGAGCGCUCACAGGUAAGAUCCGUACUCCAUUCUUGUCCAGCAAUCCAAUCAGAUUGUGUUUCUCGGAUUAGUUCGCGGAUCAAACUUUGUUUCAUUUCGAACAAUUCCAGGCCAUAACUAGGUCAAUUGUUCCUGGAUUUCUUCGAUUGCUUAAAAGUUUCAAAUCGAUCCGCUUCUCUUCUGUAGAUUGACGGCCAAGGAGAAGAAUGCAGUUCUUCGGAGGCUCCGACAUCAGUCCAUCCCCGCCGGCGCCCACCGCGCCGGGGAAUAAUGCACACAUGAUAUAUGUAUUCAACAGGAACGGCGUGUGCUUGCUGUACAAGGAGUGGAAUCGGCCGCUUCACACACUGAAUGAGCAACAAGACCACAAGCUCAUGUUCGGUUUGCUCUUCUCCCUCAAGUCCUUGACCGCCAAGAUGGAUCCCACGAGUGCUGAUAAAGGGAACCUUGGAGUUCCUCAGUUACCUGGCCAGGGGUGCUCUUUUCACAGCUUUCGUACCAAUACCUAUAAGCUUAGUUUCAUGGAAACUCCUUCUGGGAUAAAGAUAAUCUUGGUAACUCAUCCUAAAACUGGUGAUCUGAGGGACUCGCUCAAGUACAUUUACAACUUGUAUGUGGAAUAUGUUGUGAAGAACCCACUGUACACUCCUGGAGCCCCUGUCAGGUGCGAGCUUUUCAACACUGCUCUUGACCAAUACGUAAGAAGCAUCGCUUAAACAACCACGCAGUGGAAGUAGCUGUCAUCCAAAUUGUAGUGGAUCAUACAUCACUCUGGCUCUGCUAUGCCUCGGUAGCGGAACACAAUUACAAAUUUGGUUUUGAAGUAGCUAGCUCCAUGGAGCGACCUCUUUGAAAGAUGGCAGUCGAGAACUUGCUGCAGAUAGUUUGUCCCCUCAUUCGACGUCUUUGAUGCAUACGUUUCUGUAAGAGUAUUGUGUGACUACUGAAAUCAGGUAGGGUUAUUUGCGCUAUUGCCUUUGUGAAUCCAUUGUUCUAGUUGACAUUGCUCUGGUAUCACUUUAGAUGAUCCUCUUGAUGAAUCAAUGAAGCGCCACCAUAUGA